CUGUAAUAGGUCUCCCAGGCCCGUGGCCGCGACCCGCGAUGGCGCGGCUGGGCGCGCUCGUCUGCUGCCUGCUGGCUGCUUGGCACUGCCGCCCCGGCCUCGGACUGCCUCUGGCUCCCACUGGCGGCCCGAGUCCCAGUCCGGCGGUGGGACAGUUUUGGCACGUGACUGACUUACACUUAGACCCUACUUACCACAUCACAGAUGACCACACAAAAGUGUGCGCUUCCUCGAAAGGUGCAAGCGCCUCCAAUCCUGGCCCUUUUGGAGAUGUUCUAUGUGAUUCUCCUUAUCACCUCAUUUUGUCAGCAUUUGAUUUUAUUAAAAAUUCAGGACAGGAAGCAUCUUUUAUGAUAUGGACAGGGGAUAGCCCACCUCAUGUUCCAGUGCGUGAACUCUCAACAGACACGGUCAUAAAUGUGAUUGCUAAUAUGACAGCCACAGUCCAGAGUCUCUUUCCAAAUCUCCAGGUUUUCCCUGCACUGGGUAAUCAUGACUAUUGGCCACAGGAUCAACUGCCUGUAUUCACCAGCAAGGUGUACAAUGCAGUAGCAAGCCUCUGGAAGCCAUGGCUGGAUGAAGAAGCUAUUAGUACUCUAAGGAAAGGUGGCUUUUAUUCACAGAAAGUUUCAACUAAUCUGAACUUUAGGAUCAUCAGUCUCAACACAAACUUAUACUAUGGCCCAAAUAUCGUGACCCUAAAUAAGACUGACCCAGCAAAUCAGUUUGAAUGGCUAGAAAAUACACUGAACAUCUCUCAGCAAAAUAAGGAGAAGGUGUACAUCAUAGCUCAUGUUCCAGUGGGGUACCUGCCUUAUUCAAGGAGCAUCACGGCAAUGAGAGAAUACUAUAAUGAGAAAUUGAUAGAUAUUUUUAGAAAAUACAGUAACAUCAUUGCAGGACAAUUUUAUGGACACACUCACAGAGAUAGUAUUAUGGUUCUUUCAGAUAAAAAAGGAAAUCCGAUAAAUUCUUUGUUUGUGGCUCCUGCUGUUACUCCAGUGAAGAGUGUUUUAGAAAAACAGACCAACAAUCCUGGUGUCAGACUAUUUCAAUAUGAUCCUCGUGAUUAUAAAUUACUGGGGACUUACGGGGGACUUCCCUGGCAGUGUGAUGCGGCCAAAAAAAAAAAAAAAGAUGUAACUUGUUACUGUGGAAGUCUCUAGAAGAGGAGAGUGAUGAUAUGACAAAGAUGUAAAUACAGCCACAAGCAAUAUGUGAGCUGCUUGGUAAGUGUUGGAUGCAUGAAAGUAUGCAUAGGAGGGAUAGGCAGACAAAUGUGUAGGUAACGUAGAUAGAUAAGUAGAUGACGUAUCCCGUAAGCAGAAGUAGUGCAGAUCUCAGGACCAGAGUAAGUGAGAGCUGGUGCAUUUCUUCUGGUCCAACUCAUUUCUAAGCUCACCAGUACCAUGAUUGUAAAUAAUUUAUAGAGUAUUAACUAACAGUCUCUGCUCAGGAAGAACAGACUUACUAUAUUUAGACUGUUUUAGAUGUCAUUUGUUGAUCUUUGGUCAGUGUUAUGAUUUUUCAAAGUGUUUCUUGCAAAAAACAUUUGCACUUUCAAGAAAUGACUCUCUUCUCAAUGUUUACAUUAGAAAGUAAAUGACAUGCAAAGUGUAUGCAAUUCACAAAAUGUCCGCUUAUGAAUAAUUAAUGGAGUUCACUGGAAGCUUAAGAUGCAACAGACAUCAUCAGCUCUGAGUGUCACCAUACAACACUGCAUUCCCUUCUUAUUCUUUUCUCCCCCUUUUCUUAUUUAUUUGUUUAUCCUGUAUCUUGACACUUUCCCCUCAUUCCUGAUGUUGAACUUGUGGCUUUUUCCAAGUGUGAACUUCAGAUGGUAUUCCAUCGGUCAAGCUCCCUCUGGAGUGCGCACAAUGCCUGACAGGGUGGGGAUUAAUGUUGGAAGCCUCUCCCUCCAGCAGCCUCAGUGUCUCCUUUUC